CGAUCAUCGCCGCCUGACAUGGUCAAGUUUCCUCGGAUCCGGGAUGUACUCCCUACCUUUUUUUCCCUUUUUUAGCUUGUGAUUCAUCUUUUGCCUCUUGGGUUUUUAGCUUUCUUCUCCUUUAACCUUCUGGAUUUUCGUUUUGCUCCAGUCUCUCCUUGAAUCCGACUUACUCUUCCCCUUCCUUGGACAACAUCCGCGAACCAACAGAAACAACACCUUAUACCCGAGUUGUCAACUUGUUCUUUUUGGAUCUCAGUACGAGUGUCUGGUCUGUUUAGAUCCUGGUCUAGAUAUCUUUCUAGCUUUACUAUCAUUGGGGAAAAAAGAGAAGAGAAGUCUUCUCUGCUGCUGCAUUGAGAACAUAGCUUGUGGCCCUCUACUUCCAUCAUCCAGUCCUCUUCGCGCUAGGCAAGGCAACGACACCAUGGCCGCCAACAACAUGCUCAAUCCGUCCGUAGACCCGGACAGGGAAGAUGAGCUCUUCGCACAGGAGGUCGAACAGAUCAAGCAGUGGUGGCAGAACCCCAGGUGGCGGUAUACCAGGAGACCCUUCACCGCCGAGCAGAUUGCGUCCAAGCGUGGUAACCUGAAGAUUGAGUACCCUGGCAAUACGCAAUCCAAGAAGCUCUGGUCUAUCCUCGAACACCGCUUCGAGAACCGCGAUGCCAGCUACACCUAUGGCUGUCUCGAGCCUACCAUGGUCACCCAGAUGGCCAAGUACCUUGACACAGUCUACGUAUCGGGCUGGCAAUCAUCAUCGACCGCCUCAUCCUCCGACGAGCCGGGCCCCGACUUGGCCGACUACCCUUACACCACCGUCCCCAACAAGGUCGGCCACCUCUUCAUGGCUCAGCUGUUCCAUGACCGGAAGCAGCGCCAGGAGCGCCUGUCGACACCCAAGGCGGCCCGCGCCAAGCUGGCCAACGUCGACUACCUUCGUCCCAUCAUCGCAGACGCCGACACGGGCCACGGCGGUCUCACGGCCGUGAUGAAACUCACCAAGCUGUUCAUCGAGAAGGGCGCCGCCGGCAUCCACAUCGAGGACCAAGCCCCCGGCACCAAGAAGUGCGGCCACAUGGCCGGCAAGGUCCUCGUCCCGAUCAGCGAACACAUCAACCGUCUCGUCGCCAUCCGCGCCCAAGCCGACAUCAUGGGCUCCGACCUCCUCUGCAUCGCCCGCACCGACGCCGAGGCCGCCACCCUCAUCUCCUCCAACAUCGACCCCCGCGACCACGCCUUCAUCCUCGGCUCGACCAACCCGGGUCUCCAGCCGCUGAGCGACCUCAUGGUGGCCGCCGAGCGUGCUGGUAAAGUCGGCGAGGAGCUGCAGGUCAUCGAGGACGCCUGGUUGGAGAAGGCCAACCUCAAGCGCUUCGACGACGCCGUGGUCGAGUCGAUCCGCAACGGCGCUCACUCGGACAAGGACGCCCUGGUGGCCCGCUACCUCGAGGCCGCCAAGGGCAAGUCCAACGCCGAGGCCCGCGCCGUCGCCCGGGCCAUUUUGGGCGUUGAUAUCUUCUUCGACUGGGACGCCGCGCGUACGCGCGAGGGCUACUACCGUCUCAAGGGCGGUUGCCAUUGCGCCAUCAACCGUGCCAUCGCCUAUGCGCCGUACAGCGACGCCAUUUGGAUGGAGAGCAAGUUGCCCGAUUACAAGCAGGCGGAAGACUUCGCCAGGGGAGUCCAUGCUGUUUGGCCGGAGCAGAAGCUCGCUUACAACCUUUCCCCCUCGUUCAACUGGAAGACGGCCAUGCCCCGUGCCGAGCAGGAGACGUAUAUCCGCCGGCUCGCGAAGCUGGGCUACUGCUGGCAGUUCAUCACGCUGGCGGGCCUGCACACCACGGCUCUUAUCAGCGACAAGUUCGCCAAGGCGUACAGCCAACAGGGCAUGAGGGCUUACGGCGAGCUGGUGCAGGAGCCCGAGAUGGAGAGCGGGGUCGAUGUCGUCAAGCAUCAGAAAUGGAGUGGUGCGAGCUACGUUGACGAGAUGCUCAAGAUGGUAAUGGGCGGUGUUAGCAGUACAGCUGCCAUGGGUAAGGGUGUUACCGAGGAUCAGUUCCACUGAGGGGGCUUCCGAUACAGGUGGAUUUUUUCCACCACCUGUUUUGGUAUGUUUUUUCCGGCUUUUUGGGGAGCACGCAGAUGUUGGGUUAAAUGAGAAAAUGAUGGGAAUAUAGGUAGGUAUUCUGCCAUGCUACCUCGUACAGUACACAGAGUACAUAAAAAUACAACGCGCC